AUGCCAGUUGUUAUUACAGCCUUUCGUCAGUAUUUAACAACCGACGAGGAACUGCAAAUCCAUCAACAAUUCCACAGCACAUGGUGUCGGAACAAUCAAGUUAUGUGGAGUGGCAUACUACGGGAAUGUGCUCAGGCAUGGGCAGAUGAACAUAAUAUGGCAACGCUAACUACGGCAAUGGGCCCUUUGAUGACCCCAGGGCAUCCACUAUGCUUGAAGAGCCAGAAAUCGAGCGGGGGAUGGAGCAAAUACAUAAAAGGCGCUUCGGCUCUUUUUGCAUGGCAUAUCUUAAGAGGUGAAAGGGUUAUAGUAUUAUCGCCCCCUCCGGAAAGAUUUCAUCCCUCUGGACAAACGAAUUACCAGGCAAUAGAGGAGCCGAUUUUGAAAAGAGAAAAGGAAGGUGGUACUAGGUUGCGACUCGAAAUGGUCCAUCCGAUGGUGAAAGGAGCUGAGGAUUUCAUCUACCAGAUAUGGCCAGUUGAUCAGACGAAUGCCUGGGUUGAAAGGUUUGGAACGCUAGCCCAGGGGGUACGAUGCUGGAGAUUAGUAAAG